AAGCUUCGCUGUUAUCGGUGUGGACGCGCGUCACGAUCCCACUAGAACGGAGAGGUUCGUUUCCUGUUUAAGCAAUCGCCCGGAGCGCCUCUUUUCAUUGAGGCCGUUCUCCCUGCGGCGAUCGGACGAGGAGGAGGAGCGGACGUAACGAAGAAACAAAUUCUUCUUCCAAUCCGAUCAGGGUUUUACAUCGAUCGGGCAUGAGAUCUUGAUGCUGGAGUUCGUAGAUUCGAGCGUUUUGUAGGGAAGCUUGGUUUGUUGCAUCUAGUUUUUGUUGGGAUCUGGUCGAUUGCCGUCAGGAUGGGGAAAGGAGGGCAGGAUCAAGGGAGGAAGGUUGGAUUAGAGCGCCCAACCUCCGCCUUCCCGGCCUGGGCGAGAACCAUUCAGGAGUGCGAGGCCGAAUUCGGGGUCUCCGCCAGCGAGGGCCUCCGAUCCGGUGAGGUCUUGAAGCGCCGCGAGAUCCAUGGCUGGAACGAGCUCGAGAAGCACUCCGGACCCUCGAUCUGGCAGCUGGUUCUUGAACAGUUCAAUGACACCCUUGUUCGGAUCCUCCUCGUGGCCGCCGUGGUCUCGUUCGUCCUCGCUUGGUACGAUGGGGAGGAAGGGGGUGAGUUGGAGAUCACUGCCUUUGUGGAACCCUUGGUGAUCUUUCUUAUACUCAUUGUGAAUGCCAUCGUUGGGGUUUGGCAAGAGAAUAAUGCCGAGAAGGCCCUCGAAGCCCUGAAAGAAAUCCAAUCCGAACAUGCUAUGGUUAGGAGGAACGGGGAAUUGAUUCAUAAUUUGCCUGCGAAAGAGCUUGUUCCGGGAGAUAUCGUGGAGCUCAGGGUUGGGGAUAAGGUCCCAGCCGAUAUGAGGAUUCUGUAUCUGAUAAGCUCCACUCUUAGGGUGGAGCAAGGAUCUCUGACAGGAGAGAGUGCUGCGGUGAAUAAAACCAAUCGCCGGGUUGAUUCUGAGGACACAGAUAUCCAAGGGAAAGAGUGCAUGGUAUUUGCAGGUACCACUGUGGUCAAUGGGAGCUGUGUCUGCUUGGUAACCCAGACUGGCAUGAACACAGAAAUAGGUAAGAUUCAUUCCCAGAUCCAUGAAGCUUCCCAGGGUGAAGAUGAUACACCAUUGAAGAAGAAGCUGAAUGAAUUCGGUGAGGCCCUCACAGCUAUAAUCGGUGUAAUUUGUGUUCUGGUUUGGCUCAUCAAUGUCAAGUACUUUCUUACUUGGGAAUAUGUUGAUGGCUGGCCGAGGAAUUUCAAGUUCUCUUUUGAGAAGUGCACAUACUACUUUGAGAUUGCCGUGGCUUUGGCUGUUGCUGCGAUUCCUGAGGGUUUACCGGCAGUGAUUACUACUUGCCUGGCACUAGGCACACGGAAGAUGGCGCAGAAGAAUGCACUGGUUCGGAAGCUGCCGAGUGUCGAGACUUUAGGAUGCACCACUGUCAUCUGUUCUGAUAAGACUGGUACACUGACAACCAAUCAAAUGUCAGCGGUAAGGCUUCUGGCCAUGGGGCGAUGGACAGAUACUAUUCGAAGCUUUAAAGUGGAUGGUACUACAUAUGAUCCUCAUGAUGGGAAGAUCCAUGACUGGCCAACUGGUAACAUGGAUGCGAAUCUCCAAAUGAUUGCUAAAAUAGCUGCUGUUUGCAAUGAUUCAAGUAUUGCACACUCAGGAAAUCACUUUGUUGCAAGUGGAAUGCCAACGGAGGCGGCUUUGAAGGUUCUGGUUGAGAAAAUGGGACUUCCUGGAGGGUUUGAUUCUUCAUCUUUAGAGUCCACUGAGAUAUUAAAAUGCUGUCAAUGGUGGAAUGAGGUUGCACAAAGAAUUGCAACCCUUGAGUUUGACCGCACUCGAAAAUCAAUGAGCGUUAUUGUGAAAUCUAAAUCAGGAAGCAAUUCCUUACUGGUGAAGGGAGCUGUGGAAAAUCUGCUGGAGAGGAGUUCCUACAUUCAGUUGCUUGAUGGCUCGGUUGUUCUGUUGGAUGAAAGUUCAAAAGGUCUUAUUUUGACAGCUCUUCGUGAAAUGUCAACCGAUGCUUUGCGUUGUUUGGGUUUUGCGUACAAGGAUGAUCUAUCAGAAUUUGCAAACUAUGAUGGUCAAGACCAUCCAGCUCACAAGCUUCUGCUUGACCCAUCUAACUAUUCUUCAAUUGAAAGUGAUCUCAUUUUUGUUGGUCUGGUUGGGCUGAGGGAUCCUCCACGGGAAGAGGUCCACAAAGCAAUUGAGGACUGUAGAGCAGCUGGCAUUCAAGUCAUGGUGAUUACAGGAGAUAACAAAGAAACUGCAGAAGCAAUUUGCCGUGACAUAGGUGUCUUCAGACCUGAUGAAGACAUAAGUUUGAAAAGUUACACAGGGAAAGAAUUUAUGUCUCACCGUGAUAAAAAUGUCCUUCUAAAACAACAUGGUGGUGUUCUCUUCUCUAGGGCCGAACCAAGGCAUAAACAAGAGAUUGUCAGAUUGCUGAAAGAAGAUGGCGAGGUGGUCGCAAUGACAGGUGACGGGGUGAAUGACGCCCCUGCUCUGAAAUUGGCUGAUAUUGGUAUUGCAAUGGGCAUUGCUGGAACUGAGGUUGCUAAGGAAGCUUCAGACAUGGUGUUAGCAGAUGAUAAUUUCAGUACAAUAGUUGCUGCUAUUGGUGAAGGAAGAUCAAUUUACGACAACAUGAAGGCUUUUAUAAGAUACAUGAUCUCCUCAAAUAUUGGUGAAGUUGCCUCUAUAUUUCUAACAGCAGCUUUAGGUAUUCCUGAAGGGCUUAUACCAGUUCAGCUUUUAUGGGUCAAUCUUGUCACAGAUGGCCCUCCUGCAACAGCUUUGGGAUUUAAUCCACCAGAUAAGGAUAUUAUGAAGAAACCUCCUCGAAGGAGCGAUGACUCAUUGAUCACUGCAUGGAUUCUAUUCCGAUAUAUGGUCAUCGGGCUCUAUGUGGGGAUUGCAACUGUUGGUGUUUUCAUCAUAUGGUAUACACAUGGUUCAUUCAUGGGAAUUGACUUGAGUGGUGAUGGGCAUACUCUUGUCACGUAUUCUCAGCUCUCCAACUGGGGCCAGUGCUCCUCGUGGGAGGGCUUCAAGGUCACCCCAUUUACCGCUGGAGCACGUCGUUUUACCUUUGAUACUGACCCCUGUGACUAUUUCCAGACUGGUAAAGUGAAGGCAAUGACCCUCUCUCUUUCUGUCCUGGUGGCUAUCGAGAUGUUCAAUUCACUGAAUGCUCUCUCUGAAAAUGGGAGCCUCCUGAGCAUGCCUCCUUGGGUCAACCCAUGGCUUCUUUUGGCCAUGUCUGUCUCGUUUGGUCUGCACUUCAUGAUUUUAUAUGUACCAUUCCUUGCUCAGGUGUUUGGAAUUGUACCUCUCAGUUUCAAUGAAUGGCUUUUGGUGUUGGCGGUUGCUUUCCCAGUAAUCCUUAUUGAUGAGGUUCUUAAGCUUGUUGGGCGGUGCACAAGCUCUUUGGGUGUCAAAAGAUGGUCGGAGAAGCACAAGGAUGAGUAACUGCUAACAAUAGCUGGGAACUUGGAAGUUUCGAAGAGGAGAUUCUGUUCUGCAAAUGCGCAUUAAUUAUUAGCGCGUAGCAACACUAUUGUUCUAAGCCCUCGUUCUCUGCGUCCUUGAGGGAUUGUUUGUGAAUGGUUGACCAGGACAAUACAGAAGAAUCCAGAUGGUGCUGGAUAAAUGUGAAAUUUGGAGAGACUAGCUUAAUUUUUGAACGCAUCUCAGAUUUUAGAAGGAUGCUGAAAUAAACAGCAGCUUUUUUUUUUUUAUAGAUCUCCAAUGCAAUGCAAUUAAGAUUCUAGUUCAAAUUAUAGGCUUAGUACACAAUGAUGCUAUAGCUGCUAAUGUAUUGCAUAUCAUAUUGACUAUGCGCACGUGACAGCGCAAAAAAGACCAAUUUGAGUUGCUUUCGAAGAGACUCAAUAUUAGUUUUUGACUAUUUGUGUAUUUGGUGCUAUUUGUUUUAUUUUGUAAACUUAUGACGA